UUCUCAUCUUUUUACUUUAAAGCGACGUCACAGGGGUGUCAGCCUGGGCCGGACUGCCAGGUUUGUUAGCGAAGAGCACAGAAGAGCGAAGAGCAUCGGCGUACUUGGCGAGUGAGGCACAAGCGCCGUCUCUGAAGAUCCCUUUGCUUGGCAGCCUAGCACAACCCAUUGCUGUGAAGAGGACUGACCCCUCGGCGUGGGAUUCCAGUAACCCGUCUAAAAGCGCACGUCUCAACAAAAACUUAACAACAUGCAGCCUUCUUGAUUAUCAUAUUUGCUAUUACUCUGCGUAUAUCUUGUGUUAAAAUUCGCACUAAAUUUUUUUCAGGGAGGAUCUAGACAUUGUUGUAUGUUUGGAAGUAUUUUUGGAAGAACUCGUGGUAAUCGUCAUUGCACUUUCACAAGCCAUGAUGCGCAUUCAGCGACACUGAUCCUCUGACAGCUAGAUUCCGAGGAGGCAACCGCGGCUCGUGUGAUGCGCAUCUGUCAGUCUUCUGUGCUUUGUGGAUUUCGCGGCUUAUGGCAUGAGGAUAUUUUAUUAUUUUCUGCUUUCUUUAAGUAUUCGGCGAGCUAGACAACGCGACAGGCUUGGGCUCAGGUUUUAAAAAAUUAAGCGUGACAACCAUUUUCAUAUACGUGUGCUAGAUUUCAAAGUUUUAUGCGAUGGCAGCAUCUGUUCACUAAGCACACGUACAUACAUCUGUGAUAAAAAAAACAGCGGGAGGAGAAUUGUUCUUUGUUCUUCAGAAAAUCUUAACAGUAAUCAGGAGGUUCAGUUCCCUGCUUUGAUUUUUUGUGAUAAAAAUAUAUUUGUGUUGUACAUUUGAAAAGUGCAACCUAUUUUGCCAGCAUGGUGUUAACGACGUCUGGAGUGACGCCUUUUACAUAUAAUGAUGCUUGAGGGUCGAUAGUACUUGGAAAUAUAUAAAUGUCUCUCUACAUGAAGAAGUGAGCACGACAUUUCAGUGAAAAAUGUGGAUCAAGCAGUUGGUGCAACUCAGUUCAAUGCCUGCUUCAAGACACUGGACGUCUGCUGGAUGCCACAUUUGGAUUAUGCUGACCAUAAUUCACUUUACCAUGGAUUUCUCUUUCUGUAGUCCUCUAACUCAAGGAUCUGGAUUCAAACAUUUCUCUAAGUCUUUGUUCAAACAUAAACUUCCCAGUCAUCCUCAGAACUUACAGACAAGACAACAGUGGGGAAUUUUAAAUCAACAUCAGUGGGACAAGGCUUUAAAGGACCCAACCAUUAAAACUAUUAAGCAAAGAAUGGCACUUAAAGCUUCUCUUUGUAGAGUGUGUCAGGCUAACCAUUCUUCCAAUGAAAAUAUGAACAAGUUGACUUCUUUUCAGCCACGAAACUCUGCUAAAGUGACAUUUUUGAAAAGGCCAAGGAGACAGAUUGGUGAAUAUAAACAGGAAGAUUAUAAGUAUAACAAUGAGGAAAAAAAAACAACAACCGUGCCUGGAUUUAUAGUAUGGGGACCAACUGGGGAAGAGGUGACAAGCACAGAGUCAGAGGAGGUACAACACAAAAACAGAAGCUCUCCAAAGUCCACCAGAUCAACAACAACAACUACACCUGUAGUGACUACAACUACCCCAGCCCUAAUUAAAGGGUCUAGGUCAUCCACAACAAAAAACCCUUCCGUAAUCACUAUUUAUCCUGGAAAAAGCACAACAAAAUCAAGUAAUACCUGGAGCCUUGGUGAGACUGCCCGUCCACCCAAAAUAAUUGGAGAUACAGCAGGUUUGGCAGUACACCAGAUAAUAACUAUCACAGUUUCUCUUAUCAUGGUCAUCGCUGCCUUGAUAACUACACUUGUACUCAAGAACUGCUGUGCACAAACAGCAAAUGGGAGGCACAAUGGUCACCAACGCAAGAUUAACCAACAAGAAGAGAGCUGCCAAAACCUGACUGACUUUACACCGGCACGGGUUCCCAGCAACAUGGACAUAUUCACAGCCUACAAUGAGAGUUUGCAGUGCUCACACGAGUGUGUUCGGACACCAGUGCCUGUAUACACAGAUGAAAUGCUACAACAGACACCCAUGUACAAAACUGCAUUUAAUGGAAAUAGACCCUCACCUACUGAACGGCAGCUUAUCCCGGUCGCCUUUGUGUCUGAGAAAUGGUUUGAAAUCUCCUGCUGACUGGCCGAAGUCCCUUUGCCUCCUGCUGGUGGGGCAGACUCCAUAGGUUUGUUUUCUGGAUCCCUUUGGUGAAUCUAUAAAAAAUUACAUGGAAGAAAACAACAUAUUUCUUUAUUUUAUACAACUGUGAAACUAGAAACUGUUUAAAUGGACAGAUUUAUUUUUUUAAAAAAAGACAAAAGGAAAAAAUGAUACUUAUUCUUAUUUUAAAUAAGCAAAAUGUGGCAUAUGCUGAUUGGAAAUGUGUAUGUGUGUGUAUGUGUGUCUGCAUUUGUAUGUAUGUAUGUAUAUAUCAAAGAUGCAAAAGUAGUAGAGGAGACUAUUUAAAUAUAAGGCCCUCUCUCUUGAAGAAUAUAAGAUAUCUGAAGAACCCAGAGGAGAUAAAACUGGAUUGUUAUUUUGAAAAUUAUUUUAUGAUAUGCCAAUAAAGCCAUUUUGUGCCACUAAUUGAACUUAAAGGACAUAUCUAGGAUUUCAAAGACGACUGAAGCCAAGGGACUGAGGUAUAUUUUAUUUUCAGUUAACAAAUAUUCUAUUUGUUUUAGUUAAUAAAUAAUUAAUGGUGGAUU